ACAGUGGAUUAAGACACAUUUCUACCCAAGCAAAGAUCACAGAAAGGUUGGUACAUCCUCACGUGCGUAGCUUACAUAACACAGGUACCGCAAACGUCUUCACCCUAAUUCAUUUUAAAAAAUGGCUGGUAUUACACCGCAGGCUUGCAAAAAUGCACUUCGGCAAGUUAGAAGAUUUCAUAUUUCUGCAAAUCAAAAUGCUGCAGCCAAAUUAAAAACCUUUGCUGUGUAUCGUUGGAAUCCAGAUAAGCCAGAUGAAAAGCCAUAUAUGCAAGAAUAUAAAGUGGAUCUAAACACCUGUGGUCCUAUGAUAUUGGAUGCAUUAAUUAAAAUUAAGAAUGAAAUUGACCCAACUUUAACUUUCCGUCGUUCUUGCCGUGAAGGCAUUUGUGGUUCUUGUGCUAUGAACAUUGGUGGUACAAAUACAUUAGCAUGUAUAAGCAAAAUUGAUACUGAUACAAAUUCAACUAGUAAGAUUUAUCCCCUACCACAUAUGUAUAUCGUAAAAGACUUAGUACCAGAUCUAAAUAACUUUUAUAACCAGUAUAAAAGUAUACAACCAUGGUUGCAACGUGGUGAUGGACAGGAAAGUGGUUCAAAACAAUAUUUGCAGAGUGUUGAAGACCGUAAAAAAUUGGAUGGUCUCUAUGAAUGCAUCUUAUGUGCUUGCUGUAGUACCUCUUGCCCAUCAUAUUGGUGGAAUGGUGAUAAGUACUUAGGACCUGCUGUGCUUAUGCAGGCUUACAGAUGGAUUAUUGAUUCGCGUGAUACCAAAGCAAAGGAACGUCUCGAAAAAAUGCGAGACCCAUUUUCAGUAUAUCGUUGUCACACUAUUAUGAAUUGUACUCGUACUUGUCCAAAGGGUCUGAAUCCUGGCAAAGCUAUUGCAGAAAUAAAGAAAUUGUUAGCCAAUAUUAGUGAGAAACAAAAACCUGGCAUUGAUGCUGCUGUAUAAGUGAAAAAUGAAAAUGGAAUUAGUCAAUCAUAUGUACUUUUCGUUCAUUAUAAUUAAAUAUGAAAAUAUGUUUGAUUAAAUGAAAACGAAUAAAUAUAGUUAAUUUAAAUUAUUUAAUAAAAUAAUAUAUAGUUGAAGUCAAAUUUUUCAUGAACAUCGAAUGUGGUUUACUGUAAAUAAAAAUUCCUUCUGAUA